GAAAGCACUACCUGUUUAUUUCAAUUCUUUCAAAUAGACAUUUUCUUUUAUAAUCAGCAGGUUUCCUGGCUUAUAGACUCUGCACAUUUGAUUUGCCUUAUUUUACUUCGACUUCCUUUUAUUUGAUGUUUUAUGAAUCAAGUAAUAAGUUGUAAACAUGGCGGACAAGGGAGUCCGCAGUAUUGGGUCUGGUGACCAACCAGUCCCUAUGAAGUUAUUUGCUACAUGGGAGGUAGAAAAAACCUCACCAAAUUGCAUACCUAGGUGAGUUUUAAGAAUGAACUUUUACCUAGACAUAACUCACUUCUAAAAGCUAAGCCCACUGUACGGCUACGGUAUUUUAUUUUACGAUGUUAGCGGCCAGUUUCAUUAAAAGGGGAGGGGGGGGGGGGGAAAUCGCCACCCCAGUGACUGAAAAUAAACCAAAAAAAUGAAGAAAAACCAACAUGCGAGGUUAAUGUUUACCUUAAAAUUUCAUUUUUAUUAUUUAAAAACUUAAAAAAUGGGGGGGGGGGGGGGGGGGAAAUCGCCAGCUCAGUGACUGUAAAUAAACCAAACAAAUGAAGUAAAACCAACAUGCGCAGUUAAUGUUUACCUUAAAAUUUCAUUUUUAUUGAUUAAACACUUGAAAAAACACUUCAUUUCUUAAUGAUAGUUGUUUUAUUGAUUGAGUUUACAGUAUAAGUAUAAUUAGUAUUAGGCCUAUAUUAAGUAAUUAAGUAUAAGUAUAAGUUUAGUAUAGUAUAAGUAUAUUAUAGUGUAUAGUCUUAUAAACUUAUAUUAUUAUUAGAUUAGUCAGCUGUGUAUACAGUAUUAUUAUACUGUCUCUAUAGAUAUAUUAUUCAUCUAAGUAUAUGAUUAUAUGAAUUAAUAGCCUACUCUGUCAACAAUAGGAAUAGGCUUCAAUUUAUUAGGAUAAGCCUAGACAUAUUCAUAUAAUCCUUAUUUAAAGUCAGAGUAUCAGUAAUAACUAGUAAUUUAAGUAACAAGUAAUAAUUUUAGUUACCACGUUUUUCCCAGUUUCUUUUUUUUUUUUUUUAAAUUUUUGUCAAAAUAACUAAUAAGUUAGCCUAUUUAAAUGUAUUAUUUUAUUGUAGAAUAUGCCCUGAGUUAGGCCCAUAAUCACUAUGCCUAUUGGCAAUAAGAGUUUUUUCCCAGUUUCUUUUUUUUUUUUUUUUAAAUUUUUGUCAAAAUAACUAAUAAGUUAGCCUAUUUAAAUGUAUUAUUUUAUUGUAGAAUAUGCCCUGAGUUAGGCCCAUAAUCACUAUGACUAUUGGCAAUAAGAGGCGUAACAGGCUGCUUCUUUUUAAAACUCUAGACUUUGUACAUUAAUUAUGAUGUCUUCUGGUUAUCUAGUAAUUGUAGUGAAAUGAAAGUUAAUGACAUAAUAACAUAGAAUAAUUGGAGGCACAGAGUUAUCGAUCAAUGACAGUGAGUUAGUCUUAUUAGUUUUAAAGUUAAUCUAUUAGUAUUAACAAGACUAAGACUAUGCUAUAUUAAUUUAUGAUGAUCUCGAGUCAAAAUAAAAAGCAGUAGGCCUAUCAAUGAUCAAAAUUAUUCGUGUCUAAGUUUAAAUUUAAGGCUAUUUAAUUUUGGAUGAUUUUGAAUUUGUGGUAACGCCGGCGAUGUUCCACGGUGUAUAGGCCACAGAGGUUCCCCAAGUUCAACUUCCUUCUACAUCGACAUAUUCAAAAGAUUUUGAUUUUUACACUUAUUUUCACUUAAUGAUUAAUGGAAGUUUUUUUUCUUAUUAUUUUCAAUUUUUUAAGGAAAAAAAUGGUGGGGGGUGGGGAUGUCACUUUGUUCCUUUCUUUUUUUUGGUCUGUAAAAUGGGGGGAGGGGUCUCCCCUUCCCAGUAGAUCGUAUUUUUUUUUUGGCAUUGAAAAGGGGAGGAAAAUUAUCGUGAAAUGUCCAGUGAAAUGAUAGACAUCAUUAGGUACUUUAGUAUACAAAAAUAUUUUGGACUCCAAACUUUUGGAGAGCAGAAAGGAAGUGAGUGGAAAUAAAAUUUAAAAUCAAACAGGAAAGAGACAUAGCAGCUAUAUAAAAUUGUGAAUUUGGUUCUUAUGAGCGUUGUUUACACAAAUUAUUUGCCGAAAUAUUUACUUUUAUAUUCUGUAUAAUCAUUAUUGAAGUUAAACUUAGAUUGUUUUAUUUACACAAAUUUCAUUGAUCUUCUUGCCUUGUCUGAGAUUAAGUACUUUUGGAAUAUAUAGAUAACAUUUUUUGUAUGCUGUCAAAUUUUUAACAUUAUUUUUAUUUUGAAUAAAAGCAUAUCUUUCCAUGAAAAAAUUGUGUUGUGCCAACUAUGUUUAGUCCUGACUGUUGUUUAUCAGUACUUAAGUAUUUAUGCUCUCAUUUAAAAUGCUGAAAAAUGUUAUAUUGGCACAGUGCGAUCUUUUUUAUUGAGGUGACAUGAAACUUUUCAAAAAUCCUGAGUUCGAAUUAAGGCAGCGAAACAUUUAGGCCCAGUAAGUUAACAUAAAAAAGCUAUCCCAUCAGAUUUAAAUUUCUUUGUUAUUUCUUCCACACUGUUUAAAAAAAAUUCAGCGCAAGUGUCACAAAAUAUGUACAUUGCUCUUUAGUGCAAUGAUGACCUUGUAUUUGCCUCACAACCCAUAAGUAGCUUGUUUGAACUCAUCCAGGGUUGUGCCCAGCUGUGGGAAAAUAGUAGGGUGUGAUAGACUCAUCAGACCAGCUAAGAAUCUUUUUUGCAGUAAAAAAACCCCCAAAAAACCAGCAGUCAACUUGUUAUGGGAUUAACAUUUUCCAACUCAAUAAUGGAGCCUCACAUAUAUUAUCAAAAAGUUUGAUGUCAGGGAAAAUAAUGAACAUAGAAACAAAAUAAUACAAAUAAGAUUGGUUGUAGUAAAGCAUUUUACAGGAUUUUACAGACUUGAUGUGCCAGAAUUUAACCCAAAAAAAAAAAAUUUCUUAUUCAGAAAAUUGGAAAAGUCAAUAUCAGUUGAAUAUACAAAAACAAGUCAGGAAGGUAGUACAAUUAUUUAUAGCAUAUAAUAAUAAAGUUGAUGCUCUAGUUCAAAAUAGUUGAUUUAUAAAAGACAAGUGGUUUUCAUGAUUCUUGAUUGAAAGUUUUUUUGCCUGCUGGGCAUUAUGACUUACUUCCUGCCUAGAUGUUAGUUAACAAGAGGAACUUAGAAUUACAAUUUUGGGAUUACUGAUGAGUAAGUCAGCGAUCUUCUAUAUUUUACACUUGCAUCUCCUCAGAUUGUGCAGUCUUACUUUAACCAGACUCAUGGUGCUACGCCCACUAGAAACAGAAUUAACAUCUCUUUUAAUAGCUGUGAAAAUGCAGGUAACACGAUUGUUUGCAACAUAAUUCUCUGUAACACAAUGUUAAUUCAAUGAUUUUUUUUUGUGGGUGCAGCUUCUGUUGACACAGUUUUAAUGUUGAAUGAUUUCAUUGAUGACAUGUUUUAUAUUUCUUUGCUAUCAUAUAAUCAAAAUAAUUUUUCUAUUUUAUUUCACUGUCUACAUUAAUGGUUUAGGAUUUUUCUCAAACUUAAGCAAUCCUUUGUCCAUUGGACUAUAAUGAAUUGAAAUAUUUUGUCAUAAGCACAAGUCUGUGCAUGUCAUCCAUGUAACAUUGUAAUCUCUAUUUAGAAUUCUAAGAGGAUAUUACGGUCCAAUGAGAUUAGAGUGCCACCUGGUGGAUUAUUGGACACAGAUCUAGAUCUCUCUUUUUCACUUCAGGUAAUUGAAAAUAUAUUGAAAAAAAUCCAUGGAACUAGUAAAUGUACAACUAAAUGUAUCCAAAUAUCUUUAUUUAAAUACAUCAAAAACCCUUGAAGCUAGUUGACUGUACAAUGUUUAGAAAGACAUUUGCUUAUUCUUUUAUUUACAAUAACUUGCAUCCAUGUUGAAGUAUACAUUUUAGGUAAAAGUAAAUUCAAAUUGCCUUUUGUAAUGCCAGAUUAAAAUAUUUUUUUUCUUGCUUUCAACAGUAUCCUCAUUUCCUAAAACGUGAUGGCAAUAGAUUGCAUGUUAUGCUUCAACGAAGAAAAAAAUACAAAAAUAGGACUUUCUUGGGCUUCAAAACUUUGGCUGUUGGACAAGUGAAUAUGUCCCAGGUAAUGGUGACCUUAAAACUUUAUGAGCACUAUGGGAAUUGAUUUCUUGUCCUUUUUUUUGGUAUUAAGCUAAGAAUAGUCUAAUUAACUGUUAAAUUAGCUACACAAAGAUAGCGCUGGGUAAUUAUGACUUGUCACAAAUAUCUAAUUAUUCCUUUAUACAAAGAUAAUAAUUAUUGGCUGCCAUUAUUUGUAAACACUAGCAAUCACAAGUACCAGGGUCCUUUUUUUUAACAUCUGAUAUUAAAACAAACAUCAGGAAUUUCUGACAAAUCUAAUUUUAAUUAUUGUAAAACUAACCCGUCUUUACUCAACAGGUCCUACAGUGUUCAAUGGACAGGGAGCUGAGCCUGUAUAGUGAUGUCAAAGAACAAACCAACCCAGUUGCAAAUCUUGUUUUGCUUGGGCUCACCAGCCAGCCAGUCGAUCACGAGAUAAAUGGCCACAGGAAAAAUGCAUCUUCAGAUGUUGGUAAGAAAGGAAUUAUUAGUUAGUCACCACUUUAGGAUGUCUGUAAUUUCUCAUAUAAAAUAUUUAGAGAUACAUGCAGCAAAUCUUUUUCAAAUAAAUAAACAUAAUUACCUUAGAAAGAAAUUUUGUUAGACCACUCUUUCGCUUCCAGCUGGCUUUACAGUAACACUUUUGUUGAAUCAUAUUUCAGAUCGAUCACCUGAUAUUGAUAAUGACAGUGAUGAUGAUGAUGGCCCUGAGUAUAAUGAUGAUUCUUCAAAUGAUGACAUGAGUGAUAGUGAGCCCACGAUGACAGAGCCAAGGGCCAGGCAGAGGAAGCACAGCAGAUCUAAGGCUAGGCCUGCUGUCACAGUAAGUGAUGUAUUUGAAUAUUUGGAGUCCAACAUAUCAAAUAUGUUAACAUUACAAAUAUUUGGGGUACAAAUAUCAAAUCUGUUAACAUUGUAAAUAUUGUAGUCUAAUAGAUCAAAGGGGAGCCUGAUUAAGUGGAUAUUAUUCAAGUACAUUUAUGCUUAAUCUGCAGAACAAGUUUUUGAUUACAGAAUAAGACUCCUCAAUCUUCUACUACUGGAUAGCUUUACAUUGGGGAACUCUGUGUUACAGUAAAUAUCAUUGUUAUAUUUAUAUGGUAUUCAUGAAACAGUUUGCAGUGUUUCUUGAAUUUAAUUUUUUGUAUACCUCUUCAAUUAGCAAAGGAACAUUAAACAAAAGUUCAGAGCUUUACUAAGGAGAUUCAAAAUAUCAGAAGAUGUAAGUAGUUUUAUGUAGAUAUUUCCUUUAAUGGUAUUAUAUGUUGUUGUAAUGAACUUCUCAAGAUGUAUGUGAAUAUUGGCAUGUGUUAUACAUAGAAUGUAAUAUACAUUCUUUUUGUUUAGCUAGCAUGUCUCCUUGUAGGUAAACAUGUGAGUUAUAAUCCUGGUAACUUUUUUAUUCAAAAUGAUGGUUACAUUGUAAAUAUGUUUAAGAUGUUGACAGUUUAGACAUUUAAACAUGUUUAUUAUGAAUGUGACAGUUUCUGACAUUGAAAACAUGUUUAUUGUGAAGGUGACAGUUUCUGACAUUGAAAACAUGUUUAUUGUGAAGGUGACAGUUUCUGACAUUGAAAACAUGUUUAUUAUGAAGGUGAAAGUUUCUGACAUUGAAAACAUGUUGAAGAUGGUGACAGCUUCUGACACUGAAAACAUGUUUAUUAUGAAGGUGAAAGUUUCUGACAUUGAAAACAUGUUGAAGAUGGUGACAGUUUCUGACACUGAAAAUGUGUUUAUUAUGAAGGUGACAGUUUCUGACACUGAAAACAUGUUUAAGAAUGUGGUGUGGGGAUCCAGCUUAAAUAAGCUUAUAAUAUAUGUAUAUGUUAAAGUUGAUAUGUGGGUCCUUUUUGCAGGUGCUGACAACACUUGAUUCAGAGGCUGAUCAUGAUCAAAUCCCUAACCCCCAAGAGCUUGACGAUCUGUUUGAUGAGCUAGAAGAUUCUGACAGUGGGCCAGAGCUGGACACAAUGAGCGUUAUGUCAACACCAAAGCCAAAAUUAAGGUUGGUCUAGAUGUUUUGUAAACCCUAACUCUGUGAGGAUUUUAAUGUGGUCCACUUUUCAUUUUAAACGUUUCUACUAAACAAAAAAGAGUAACCGGAGAUUGGAAGACUAACACUGUACUCAUUGUAACCUAUGUGAUUAGUGUAACCUGAGUGCGUUGCAUGGACUGGUAUUAAAUAUUAAUUAUCUUUCAAUAUCCUCACCAUACUGACUUCACUCACAAGUCCAAAUUUUACACACAUCACUUUAUUGAUACACAAAAUCAUCACAAAUCAAAAUACGCUAGUCCUUAUGAUAUAAUAAUUCACUUGUUAAUAAUCACACACAAUUAAUGAUAUUAUAGAACCCUUAUGAAACAUACAUGUGAUACAUUCUGACUCUAAGAUCUAUCUUUCUUUCUCUAUCUCUUGUCUAACAUGGCUGAUCCAUCCUUAUUUUUUUUAGUUCCCCCUCCUUUGAUUUUAUCAUAUCCUUUAUUUCUCAUGAAAAUCUUGUUGAUCUUUAAAAUGAUCAAUAUAGUAAGACGUUGCACUCAUUGAAAUUAAAUUGAAUAUUUUUAAAAAAAAUAUUCAGCCAUUCAAAACCUAUAUUUCUCUACAAACUAAGUGGCAAUUACCUUGAAAAAAUGUCUGUUUUGAUAAAUUGAAUAAUUUAGAUUUCAGCUAAUAAAAACUCAUAAUUCUCUGCAAACUAACAAAAAAAACAACUAAUUCCAUAUUUAAUUCUUUUUUCUUUCUUUUGUCACAUCUGCUGAAGAAAGCAUGUAGCCCUUUUAAUUGUCCUGUCUUUCCAUUUAUUUCCUUGACAUGGCUUCACAGUCCCUCAAAUGUUAUCCAUAGUUCAAUAAAUAAAUUCUAAAACUAUGUUUAUCAUUUCAAAGGGGAAACUACUGCUUUUCCCAAGGUUGGCUCUCUUGCCAUCAGUUGACAUGUUAAUGGUCAAAAACUCUAUACAGGGGGAGUAACUGCAUAUUCUGGAGAUGCAAAGUUUGUCUCUCUUAGCGUUAGUUCCAGACAUAUUAUUGACAUGAUUUAUGUUAUUUGAAUUAAUUGUCCAGAAGUAAUAUUUGAUUCGUAAAAGUUUCGAAAUCCUGAACCAUCUAUUUUGAUGACAGUUAUUAUUAGAUGUUCCCAUUUUCAAAGGAGAUCUUGGAGGGGUAAUGCCCUCUGUAUUCUUUAUAUACUGAACUAAGCUCUUCUUAUUCAUUCCUCAUUCAGUCUAUGUUGUAAUGAGUUUUUACUCGUGUUUUUUAAAUUUCAUCUUAUGUUAGUUGAUUAUAUGGUUUCAAGAAAUAGAACUGAGCUAAAUUUACUUCAAAAUUAUAGUGAUUGUUUUUUUUUUCCCUUGCAGGCCAUUCUUUGCUGGAAGAGGUCUAACCCCAGAGUUCUCAGAACAACCAAAGUCUUCCUCACAGGUUAGCUCUUGUACUUUAAUUGUACACUUUUUUUUUUACUUACAAAUAAAUUCAAUUUGGUAUCCUCAAUAAAUUUCAGUUAAUGUCUUUGAAAUGCUUAGCCAUUUAAAAGAAAUGUAAGAACAAGGUAUGCCAAACUUGAACUUAUAGACAGGACAAAAGAUUUUUUACUGUGAUCUGAUACUUGUUAUACUUCUUUUUGUCUUGUUUUCUGAUGAAGGCUCUAAGCCGAAACAUCAAAAUCUUUUGACUUGUCUAUAAAUUCAAGUUUGGCAUACCUUGUCCUUAUAUUUCUUUUACACAACUCGAAUGCAGUCCAUCAAUUUUAAAUAUAUUAGUUAUUUAAGUUUGGUUUUCCUUUUUUUUUGUGUGGAUAUUCGAAACAAUUUUUUGGUUUUAAUUUUUUACAGGAAAUGUUCCGCACACAAGAGGAGACGCCAGUGAAACGAAGUGAUUCAGACUUACAUACGGUAAAUCAAUUUUAGAAUUAUUCUUAUCACCACAUGAAGCAAUCUCUUAAGCUUUACAAGUAUUUAAUUUAGUGUUUGUAUAACAAUCCAACAAUGGGGAAAAGUUGUGAUACAUUUGUUAAGCAGCAUUGUCAAGCUGAUGAACAUAUAAGAAAUUCUAUUUUAUAUCAUAGAUACAACAAUUAGAUUUGCUUCAUGUGUUCAUCCUAAAAUUUUGAUUGCGACAUGCUUGGAUUUUAGGCAUGUGUUUAAAUGUAUUUGUUUACAUGUUAGCUAGGGCACAUUCAAGUGUUUUCAGUCCAAACUUGCAAGUGUUAAUGUGUAGAGAAUGAAACUCUUUGCAUGCGUGCACCCAUACUAUAAAGCAUGUCAACAUCUUGGCAGAGGCACAAGUAGCGCUCAACUCACCAUUUUUAAUGAGAAUUUCCUUCUUUUUUUUUUUUUUUUAACUUAAAAAAAAAACAAAAUCAAAAUGAAUUUUUCAAUGAAAUUUAAAAAUUGAAAAAGUUGUAAUUAAAAGACAGAUUCAAGAAUUUACCCAACAGAAAUAAAUUUGGUAUAGUGGUCAUUCACAAGAGCUUUUGUUGCAUGAAUUGCUUGAACUUCACAUUCUGUCGCCCUUACCACCCCCCUUUCCGUACCAAACCAUCGCACCAUUUCACACUUUAAUUGAAAAAAUAGUUUAGCCAUGGCUCAUGCAGAAACCCAAAAAUUACCCCCCCUUUUGGCCUCACCCAUUAUCCCAUACAUCUUCCUUCUUUUAUGAACAACAAUUAUCACAUCUAUAGUAUUUCUGACUGUGAUUGAUUCUUUCUCUCCCCUCUUGCUGCUACAUCUACCUGCUCCCUGAAUCAUUUGUGCAUUUUAGAUCUUAAACUUUUUUUUUCCAACUUUUUGUCUGAUCCUAUAUUUUAAUUGUUCCCUCCUCCAGACUGUUGUGUCCCAGUUAUGCCAGGAAGUAUGUACUUUUUAAUUAAUUUUUUUUUUAAAAUUAUUUUUUUCUCUCUUUGUAGUAGACCUCCAUUGGUUCAUUGUGAAGAUAUCUUUUCACUUGUCUUUUACAUUAUAUAAAUAUCUUUUUUGUCAUAAAAGGGACAGCAGGAAUGAAGGGUGAAUAGAAAAUUUGAUGUUAUCUUAAAGUGGUAGAAGAUAGUGGUUUCCCUUAUAAUCUUCAAUUUGUAGAACCCAGUGGUUUCCUGUAUUAUCUAGAACACAGGUUCCUAACCUUUUUUGAUUCACUACUCCAUUUCUUAGAAGCUAAGUGACCUACAACCCUGAUGCAUUUAAAAAAAUUUUUUCGUAGUGCACAUGAAACCUCAAGAUAGAUUUUUUUAGUAAGAUGUUAUUCAAUACAAUUUUAACGUACAACAUAUUUAAUUGAUUGAAAUUAUAACUCAUUAACAGGAUUCAAAAUUCAAAUUGAGAUUUGGUUUAAUGCUAACCUCAUGUUGUUAUCAACAUUUAAUCAGUUUCUUUUAUUUGUUUUCAAAUGAAGAUGGUUGAAAAAACUUUCUCAUAGAGAUGUUUAAAGACAAAUGACAUAUUAUGAUAUUGCUCAAACUUUACGAUACUGAUUAAAAAACAAAAUUGCUUAAAAAUCUUUAAUUUUUGUUUAGUUGACUCUUUCAGGCCCCCCCCCCCCCUGAUCUAAAAGCUGUAUGGCCCAGUAGUUUCUUCUAUAAUCCAGAGGAUGGUUUCCUAACCUGUGGUGCUGAGGGGUUGCAAGCUGGAGUUUCAGGGGGAGAAGUUAGUUUUUAAGUUAGGACAUAAAUGUUUAUAUAUUGUAAACAUUUUUUCAUUAACAUUUUCCUUUAUGUAAUCAGUCACAAGUUUAUUUCCUAAGCUCUACACUUCUCUCUUGUAAUUAAAUAGAUCAAUUAGAAGUCCAUUAUUUUCAAAUUGUAAAAUGCAUUGUUCCUUUGUGUGGAGUGCAAGACAUCAAAACAAUUCAUUGGUGGUGCGAGACUACACAAGUAAUUAUCGGGGGGUGCAGGGUAAAUAAAAUGUUGUGGAUAACUGAUAUAGAAAAUUUAGGAUCAAGUGGUUUCCUGUAUUAUCUCAAAGUUUGAUCAAUGUCAACUGUAGAUCUAAUUUUAUUCCUAUACUUUAAGGGAUGCUAGAUUUUAUUUCAUACCAUCACUGAGCAUAGAUUAUCAGCAUAAGCUUUAUUGCUUUAUUAAAAUUUGCCUUUUAUUCUCUUCCCCAUGAUGGUCCAUGAUAUGCCUCCUUGCUUGACACUUGCUUAUGGUUGCUAAUUGUACAAAGCCAAAUACCAAAUUAUUAUUGAAUGUGAUUGCUAGGGAAAAUCAUGCCUAACUUCAUUGAAAUGACUUAUUUUAACAUGAACAUGUACAUUUCUAAAGUAAUUCUCUCGAAACAAUGAAAUAUCUACAAGAAAGAAUAUGAGUUAAGUGCAAACAUUGUGUUGAUCUUAGCGCAGCAGGUAAAAUGCUCCUGAAUCUGCCUGUAUAUAUUCUUUACUUUUCUUAGUUGUAUGCUAUUGAUAAUGUAUAGAUACUUUUAAUAGAAACAGUAUAUGGGACAGUAUUGCUCUCAUUGGGGUCUGACCAAUUUUUUUUGUCCAAACGACUUCUAUUUUCUCACCUUCCCUAUCAAUCCCCUUAUUUACUGCUUCAUCAUUAACUUUAGUCUGGUAUUUCCAUGCUGGUUUCUUCUUCACCUUCAAAUACCAUGUAAUCACCUACAUAUUUAUGCUGUGGUCGAUAAUAUAGUGUAUGACAAUCCUUGACUUUUCCUUAAAUUGGGCUGUGCUGGAUAUGGAAAGAAGUGAGCUGUCACUGAGAGGAAGCAUGUGCUUUGCAAGCAGCUUUGAAUAUUCAAACAUUCACUUAUGAGUCUCAACUCAUGUUUUGGAAAUAGUUUUUCUAGAGUCUACAUUUUCCCUUCACACUCUUUCUGACAUGCCAGGGAUAAUCAAGUGUAGUGAAGAUCUUCAGCACAUUGCCACACGCACAAUUUAAAAAAAAAAAAAUGUUUAUGUUUUUUUUUUAAUGUGCGAAAUCUUUAUUGACUUCUGGGAUGUAAGCAAUGUUUGCUGAGGUCAUCACAAUGUCAGAUUACAACUCAAAGUUUAGUAUAACACCAAGAAAUAUAAUUAUUUUUCAAUUUUUACAAGUGAAGUGGAGAGGUAUAGAGAAUUUCUUGAAGUACAGUUUUAAUCAAUGAAAAUUAUAUAUUUUGGAUGACUUGCUAUCAGAGACAUUAUGUCAGAUUUAAAAGACUACAGUUCUCAUAUUGUCUUUAACAGUUUGAUGGUUGUAGCUUUUUUUUCCAGCAGUCACAGAUUGACUGAUUUUUUUUGUCCAAGAAUAGUCUUUGCUUUGACGACAAUUCAUUAGACCUUCUCAUUAUUUGCAUUUUAAUUUUGAAAAUGUGGUUAUCUAAUGUGUGGACUUCAGAGUGAGUUAUUUACAGUCACAUCAGCAUGUGUGACUACUGUUUGGGUUUUGGACACCUGCAACUCGUGUCUGGUUUUCCUUGACUCAAUGUUAUUUGGUGAAACUGAUCGGUACACAUUUUACUGCAGAUUGGUUUCUGUGUUCCUCUUUAAAAAAAGGAUUUGAUUGACAAUGUAAAAACAAUGUAUUUAUUGUACAAAUAAAUAAUGAGAUUGAUAAUUUUACCCAGUGCUGAACUAGACAUUUUCUUACUCAGCACCUUUAUAAACUUAAGCUGGUUACCAAUGUGUAUUAACUAGAAAGAUUAGCAAACAAUUUCACACUUUUAGGGAGAUUACAUUUGCAAUAAGUGACAAAAUUAAUUAGAUUAAAUUUAAGCAAAAUUAUUUUGACAAAAUUUCUCAGCUUUGAGAGCCUCAUUAAUGCCACCCGAUUGUGCUGGAUUUUUUGUUCACCUGUCUUGCUAAAGGAAUGCUGUCUUUUUAUCUAUUACAAAUGAGCAGAGAUAUUAUAUGUUGUACAUAACCGGCGCACAUGUAUAAUAAAGAAUGUAAGCAGGUUCAUGAGUCAAGAAGUUUUACUUGACAUGCCCUUAGCAAAUGCAGCAAAUAUCAGUAACUUUAAAAAAAAAUCCAUUGGUUACAAAAAUUAUAAAAGCCUUACAUUUGUAUUUAAAAUUUAAAAAAAAUAAGUAUUGCAUUUUAUGCCAAAGAUAUUGGCCAUAUACUUGGAUGAACCGGUGCAUGCCGAGUGAUUAACCUCUAUGCUUGUGUGCUUCUCUCAUCUAACCUGCCCAGUGGAGACAUUCAGACCUUGAAGGAUCUGAUUCGCAAAACCCGAGCACCAACGAGUCCUCACCCAGACCGCACUCUCCUCGGCCCAAGACCAAAGAGUUGAUUAGGGAUCGGAUACGCAGCACUUCCUAUAGGGAGAAGAAGAGUCGAAAGGAGUUUAAGCAACUUCGUAGGAAUAGUGUGGGGGAAGAUGGGUCACUGGUCAGUGGAAAUCUUCUCACUGCUUCUUAUAGGCUACUAUAUUUUCUAACCUCAUUUCAUUGGCUACAGUAUUAUAUAGUCAUCUCACCUCAUUGGCUAAUAUUUUGUCUUCUCACCUCAUUGGCUACUAUAUUGUAUUCUCAUAGGCUACCUUGUUUUUUUCUCAUCUUCACACUUCUUAAAUUACCAUAUUUUCUCACAUGUCUUGCUACCCACCGUCUUGUCACUCGAUGAGCUAUUGUCAACUUCAACUAACUGUCAACCCUGUUGUCAACUCAUCUGAUUGGCUAUUAUUUCUUUAGGUACCAUCAGCUCACCCUUUCAGCAGUCAUUUUAGUCGCCACCCUUUUUAUCUAAUGCCUCCACAAUGCCUCAUUUUUCUAGUUCAUUGCUUCUCUAUGUCCUUACAGCCAAAAAAAAAAUUUUUUACAAGGCAAUUUAUGUGAAAAAGAAAAAAAAUUUUUUUUUUUUCAAUAGUCCAUUUCUCACUAUCUCAAUGUAAAAAAAAAAAAAAAAGAAUACGUCUUUCUAGUUCAAUCCGCUUUAGAUGCUUGCUUGUGAGCACACCUGCCUGGUUCACAUUCUCUCCUGUCCAUUAAUCAUCUCAUUACCACUCUUUGUCUCCCCCUCACCAAACUCAAGCUUUCAUUCUACUGACCAAUGGUUGUCAAGCAGUAUUGUUGCUUUGAUUAGUGCUCUGGCUACUGAGUCCUUGCUUACAAUGUAACAUCGUAAUAACAGUGAGCUUGACUUGGCGGAGAUGUUGUACUAACCAGCUCUUGUUUUGAAGCAGACUUUAGCAGCAGCAUUUGAAAUGGUUUUGUUUAUUAACAUGUUCUUGGCCUAAUUUUGGGUAUUUUAUUUCUCUUUAUCUGUUCUAAAAAAAAAUUUUGAAUGUUUUUAUUAAAUAUUUUAAUAGAGUUUAAAUUAUGAAUUGAUAAUUAACUCUUUUUAACUAUCCUGUAAUUAAAUUAUUCUGAUUCACAUCGCCCAUCCAGGGCAGUGCUUCUCAUUUUGUAUGGCAGUUAGGUGAUACGGUUGGCAGGGAAUGGGGUGCUUUAUGGUACAAUAAAGUAAUUCUUCUUAUGAAAAUAAUCACUUAAAGCUUUUUAGGAUAUUUCCACACACACAGUGUGAAUGAUUCUAAUAAAACAUGUUCAGCAACCCAAUCCUUUCCUUUAGAGCUCUCUUAUUAGAGACAGAUAAAUUGGAUAAAAUCUCUUAUUAUUUUCUAUUUACUUUAUGCCAUUGAUAUGAGAACUAUUAUUUUAAAAUAGUCAUUAAACUUUUGACGGCCAAGACUAAUUUAAGAGCUUCUGAUACGAUGCAGUGUUUGCAAAGAGUUAGGAACUACCUACAUGAACAUAGUGUGAAAAGAGUUAAGACCUCCCACCAUUAACGUAGUUAGCAAAGAGUUAGGUCCUCCCUACAUUAAUGUAGUUAGCAAAGAGUUAGGACCUCCCUACAUUAAUGUAGUUAGCAAAGAGUUAGGACCUCCCUACAUUAAUGUAGUUAGCAAAGAGUUAAGACCUCCCUACAUUAAUGUAGUUAGCAAAGAGUUAGGACCUCCCUACAUUAAUGUAGUUAGCAAAGAGUUAAGACCUCCCUACAUUAAUGUAGUUAGCAAAGAGUUAGGACCUCCCUACAUUAAUGUAGUUAGCAAAGAGUUAGGACCUCCCUACAUUAAUGUAGUUAGCAAAGAGUUAGGACCUCCCUACAUUAAUGUAGUUAGCAAAGAGUUAGGACCUCCCUACAUUAAUGUAGUUAGCAAAGAGUUAGGACCUCCCUACAUUAAUGUAGUUAGCAAAGAGUUAAGACCUCCCUACAUUAAUGUAGUUAGCAAAGAGUUAGGACCUCCCUACAUUAAUGUAGUUAGCAAAGAGUUAGGACCUCCCUACAUUAAUGUAGUUAGCAAAGAGUUAGGACCUCCCUACAUUAAUGUAGUUAGCAAAGAGUUAGGACCUCCCUACAUUAAUGUAGUUAGCAAAGAGUUAAGACCUCCCUACAUUAAUGUAGUUAGCAAAGAGUUAGGACCUCCCUACAUUAAUGUAGUUAGCAAAGAGUUAAGACCUCCCUACAUUAAUGUAGUUAGCAAAGAGUUAGGACCUCCCUACAUUAAUGUAGUUAGCAAAGAGUUAGGACCUCCCUACAUUAAUGUAGUUAGCAAAGAGUUAAAACCUCCCUACAUUAAUGUAGUUAGCAAAGAGUUAAGACCUCCCUACAUUAAUGUAGUUAGCAAAGAGUUAAGACCUCCCUACAUUAAUGUAGUUAGCAAAGAGUUAGGACCUCCCUACAUUAAUGUAGUUAGCAAAGAGUUAGGACCUCCCUACAUUAAUGUAGUUAGCAAAGAGUUAGGUCCUCCCUACAUUAACGUAGUUAGCAAAGAGUUAGGACCUACGUACAUUAAUGUAGUUAGCAAAGAGUUAGGACCUCCCUACAUUAAUGUAGUAAGCAAAGAGUUAGGACCUCCCUACAUUAAUGUAGUUAGCAAAGAGUUAGGACCUCCCUACAUUAAUGUAGUUAGCAAAGAGUUAGGACCUCCCUACAUUAAUGUAGUUAGCAAAGAGGUAGGACCUCUCUACAUUAAUGUAGUUAGCAAAGAGUUAAGACCUCCCUACAUUCAUGUAGUUAGCAAAGGCUUAGGACCUCCCUACAUUAAUGUAGUUAGCAAAGAGUUAAGACCUCCCUACAUUAAUGUAGUUAGCAAAGAGUUAGGACCUCCCUACAUUAAUGUAGUUAGCAAAGAGUUAGGACCUCCCUACAUUAAUGUAGUUAGCAAAGAGUUAAAACCUCCCUACAUUAAUGUAGUUAGCAAAGAGUUAAGACCUCCCUACAUUAAUGUAGUUAGCAAAGAGUUAAGACCUCCCUACAUUAAUGUAGUUAGCAAAGAGUUAGGACCUCCCUACAUUAAUGUAGUUAGCAAAGAGUUAGGACCUCCCUACAUUAAUGUAGUUAGCAAAGAGUUAGGACCUCCCUACAUUAAUGUAGUUAGCAAAGAGUUAGGACCUCCCUACAUUAGCAAUUUUAGAAAAUAUACAGAGAUAAUUAUGUUUAGCACAUUUAAAAAAAGUAAUUAACAAAUCCUACUCCUCAUAUCCAAUAGCACAAGAAAUAUGUACACCUUUUAUUUAAUGUUCCUUACUUAUAGUUAUAUCAUUAUAUCUUUUGUAUUAAACCUUUAGAUGUUUUAGUGAGGACAGACUCAUUCAUAUCCUUUUAUUUCUUAGUGUUACACUUCAUAUAUUUUAUAAUGACAAAUCAGGCUUAGUUGUAUUGUUUUUCCUCUAGUGUUAAACCAUAUACAUUUUAUAAUUAUUAGUGAGAGCUGAGUCAAAUUGUUUUAUAUUUCAGUUCUACUCCUUAUCUAUUGUACAAAUAUGUACUGAUUUAAAUCAUUAUAUCUAUUAAUGUUACACCUUAUACAUUAUUUAAUUUUAAGUUAGGACUGACUUUUACUGUUUUACCUUUAACUUUUACACUUUUUUUGACACAUAUUAUAUGUUUUAAAAUUAUGAGUGUAGUUAAUUCACUGGCAAACAUUUAGUUUUAGCAAGGCAAAUGUUUAAUACUUAUGAAGAAAAGCUCUCUUUCAGGAUAAGCUGUAAUUUACAAAAGAAUUGGUUAUUAACAUUCUACCUAAUAUUACAACGAUUUAAAGUAAUUAUUAUAUUUCUCAUUAAAAUUAUUAAAAACGUAUUUUAAUUGACAUCAUUUAUUACUUGACAUUAUAUAUUCAAAUACAUUAAAUUAUAUUUCUGAUCAGGAAAUCUUACCAUCCCAUUGAUCUAGUAGACUAAUUUCCCAUUAUUUUGUUAUACCAUGCCAGGUGACCAAUAUUCUAAAGAAUCAAAGAAAUGAAAUAGGCCAGGUGACUUGACUCCGCUGCUCUCUAAAUUAUUUAUUUUCAGUUUGCAUUCUUUUUCAAGCUUAUCAUAUUCCAAAAAAACCCUUGCAUUUCUCCAUUAACAUGUUUUGUACAUUUCGCAGCAACAUUUUUAUGCUCUUAAUCUUAAUGAUUAAAACAUUUUAUAAAAUUUUUUUCAAUAAAUCCAUUAAACUAUGCCAUCAUAUCUGUGUCAGCUAUUUGACAGUGAAAAGUAGAAGAUAAGCUAUUGGGAAUGAAAUUGCUAAAAGCAUAUCUGCACUGAGAUUAAAAUAUAGUUAAAUCAAAUUUGUGUGUAAUACAUGCACAACAUUGAGGAUUUUCUCCAGAUAAUUAUAUGAAUUCCCCAUGUUCCUUUCUUUGAUGUUUAUAUAUAGGUAUAUCAAUGUAACUGUAACUGACAUGUUUCUUGGAUGGAGCUUGUCACAAUAACACUAUUUAAUUGGAAUAUGCUCAUUUCGUUUGCUUCUACAUAAUGCUGCAUAUCAUUAAAUUAUCAUCUGUUAUUACUGUGUCAAUAAUUGAGUCACAGAAAUCAUGAAGGUCCCUUUAUUAUUGCCCCUGUGUACAGAAAUUAUUGUUAGAACCAUUUAAAAGAAAUUAUUUCAAAUUUGGAGGGAUAUUUUAAAUUUAAAAAACAGCAACUGUAUUCUAAAUUAAACAUACUUUGUUCAAUUCUUAGUACUUGGACAAGGGCUCAGAUCAGUGGGUGUUAUGCCAAAUGACAGAGUGAAGAUAAUUUUUUUUUUUUAUCAAAUUGAUAUGUCUUUAAAACUGCUUGCUGGCUCAUGUGUCAUUCACAGAUUCAUAAGUUAGUGAACAUACCACAACAGUUUAGAAAAAAAAGAGCGUCUAAAGUUGUUGAGAUGGUAGGAUUCUGUUGUCUGACAUGGUGCCAACCCACUUUGUGUUAACGCUAAAUAUCUACCAGCUCAUAUCUUUAAUGUUUUUCCACCUCUAGAACUCUAGUCAACAUCACUUAAGCUGAUCACAUAAUUUGUCUUAUUAUUCUAUAUUAAUUUGAUUUACCAUGUUUUUACCUACUUGCUUAUAAUAUAAUGAUAUAGGAUUUUAUUAGUUUUUUUGUGUUUAAACAUUUCAAAAAUAACCCUUUACUUGAUAUUUGUUUAAGAAUUUAAUCUCUAACCAUCAUCCAAGACAUAACAUUAAAACCACAGCUCAAAAUUCAUCUUCAUAGCAUUGUAUCUUCCUCACUCUUUCUGUUAAAAUGGCCACAAUGACCUUACCUUGUGUAAUACUAAAAGGACAGUCCAAUAAUGAUCUGAAUUCUUCUUAAUCAAACUAUAAAAAUGUGUAUCUAUUUAGUCAUUAAAAUGGAAUAAAUAUUCAUUGAAUACGGUCCUGGUUCUUUAAAUUUGGAUUUGCGUUGGUGUUGCAGCCUCGUAAGGCUCUGUUGGACCAACUGAGCGCUGUGUUUGAUAGUGCUGAUGACCACCUGCCUGAGUCCAUCUUCAUGGUCAACACCUCAGAAUGGCAGGGCCAGAUGCUUGUUCAGAAGAUACAGGACAGACAGCUCCGACUGAUCUGUACGGUUACAGAGGCGGACGUCAAGGCAGCCAUUUGUUUCCUGGUCACCAAAAUACAGAAGUUGUAAGUCUUUUUUUAAAAAGAAAACUGUCUCCUUGUCACCCAGAUAUUGAAGUUGUAAGUAGUAAUUAAAACAAAGAAUUAACAUGUAGUCCGGUGUUUCCCAACAUGGGGCCCACGCCCCACCAGAGGGGCAAUUUGAUUUUUUUCGGGGGGCAAUUCAAAAAUGAGCUGUCUACAAUUUGAAAACCAACUGCCUUGAGCCACAUUUGAAGGCCAAAUGUAGUUUCAAAAAAUUAAAGAACAAAAUUGGAAAAAGAACAACCUUUAAGUCUCUGUUUACUGACAAUUGUACUUAUGAGGCUACCUAUGAAAUUUCUUUACUCAUGGCUAAAUCUGGGUAAAAAUCAAACUAUAGGAGAGAAUUUAAUCAAAUCAUCAAUAUCAGCAUUUCUUAAAACUGUUCUGGAAAAAGAUGACAAAGAUGUGAAAUCUAUGCCACUCAGUAACAAUACUGUUAGCAAACAAAAAAUAAUAAUAAAAUAUAUGAAAUGAGUGAAUAUUUUGAAAUACAACUUUUUGAAAAGCUGAAAACAAAAAACUCAGCGCACAUUGAUGAAUCAACUUUGAGAGACAGUGAGGCUGUACCGAUAACUUAAGAUAUAUUGAUAAAGGAAAUUUUGCUGAAGAAAUAUUGUUCUGUAAAUCAGGUCUGCACAACUCAUAAUGUAAGGCGGGCCGUAAGCUUUAUCAAAAAUGUGUGUGGACCGUAAGCUUUAUGAAAAACUUGUGUGGGCCAAAAGAAAAUAGAUCAGGGAUGAAAGCUAUUUAGGAAAUAAUAAUAAUAAAUAAUACUUCAUUACUCCGCUGGCCACCAAGUGGGUGCUGGAGGGCCGCGGGCCGUAUGUUGUGCAGGCCUGCCGUAAAUCAUUAGAAAGCACCGCUACUUCCAAAGAUAUAUAUAAUGAGAUACAAAAUUACUUUGAUGUCAAUAAUAUACCAAUACAAAAUAAAAUAUAAUAUCUUGUGCUGCAGAUGGUGGUCCUAAUAUGAUGGGCAAAAAAGUGGCUGCUUUAAAAUGAAAAGAUAAUGAAUAAUAAAUGAAAUGAUAAAUAAUAAAAAUAUUUGAGUUAAUCUUUCUUUUUGCCCUUGAAUUACAGUUCUCCAUUAUAUGUUUUAAACAUUUACUUAACUGUGCCUCCUUAAAAAUUUCUUUGUAAAUCCUAUUCAUUCCAAAUCCAUUUUCCUCCUUCCUACCUGAAACCUGUCAUAUAUAUAACAUAGGGGGUAUAGGAAUUUUAGAAAGGCUCAGGUGGGGCAUGGCACAAAAGAGUUUGGGAAACACUGAUGUAGUCAGUGAUGUGUAUUCUGAUUGAUUUGUUGAAUAACCAUGUAUGCCCAGCCUGUAGCUUGCUCUCUUUUUGCAGUUGCAACAGCAAUGCCCGGACACCUGCCCCUAUCAAAGUUGGUGUGGUAGGAGGUGAUGCCUACAUUAACUCAGUCCUACGACCAUACGUUGAACAUUUCUCCAACAAGUCUCCAGACUGGCAGAACUACACCAAAUUUCUCGUUAUUCCUUUUGGUGGGUUUUUUUGUUUUUGUUUUUUUUGGUAUCUUUCUUUUCAAUCGUAAUUUUUAUUUUAACACUGAACAUUUGAUGAAAAUGUACAUCACAUUCCCAAUUAUUCUUUUAUGAUUCUUUUCUUUUAUGAAUUAUUAUUCUUGUUAUUUUUAAUAUUUUAGUUUUAAUUAUUUUUUAUAUCAAAUUUAAAGAAAAAAGUCUAGAAAAUUAAUUGGUAUGAAACAUUCACCAUCAAUAAGUUUUAGGCAUAAAAAAAUAGGAUGACAUAGCGUUAACUCAGAAAAGUGUCUUAUUAUAGUAUUUCAAGGAAGAGUAAGCUGUGUACAGUCUAAAUCCUCAUUUGAUUGCUUGUAUCAUAAAUAGAAGUAACUGAGCCCAAAACAAAAUUUCAUUUCACUUUAAUUCAAAAACAGACUUGGAUAUUUUUACACAUGUCAAGGCAGUCACACACCUUUUUAAUUUAUUUUAUUGCCCUUCAGCCAAGAACCUUUGGUAUUAUUUAUUUUAUCUUAGUUCAAGUUGCUUUCAAUUUCAAGAAUGGUUUCUUUAUUGUGGGUAUUUAUGUGGCUGUAUUCCCAGAUUAGGGGGAGCAACUUAAUUGACAUAUUAUGUAGUCCUAUCACACUGGAAGAGCCAUUGGUAUUAUUAAUUUUAUCUUAGUUCAAGUCGCCUUCAAUUUCAAGAAUGUUUUCUUUAUUGUGGUUAUUUAUGUGGCUGUAUUCCCAGAUUAGGGGGAGCAACAUAAUUGACAUUAUGUAGUCCUAUCACACUGGAAGUGUUUUAAAAAAAUUUUUUUUACAUGAACUCAUGGUGGAGUUCUAAUAGAAUUGUAUUGUUAGAAUUUUUUAAUCAGAGUUUCCAUUAUCAGGCCCCAGCUCUAUAGGCAAAUACAUAGCCAGUGUGGACAGCAUCUAUGGCUCACUGUUCUUAGAUCAACAGUGGAAAGACACAUUUGAAAAGCUGGAUUCACCAAAACUAGGUGUGUAAUUUUAUGUUCAUAUCUCUCAUAACACUCUGUUCACUUCGUGACCAGAAUAAUAAAGAAAUUAAGACCUGGUCUCACUAUGUCAUCAUGUGAUUCCAUGUAACUAUAACUUGCAUAAAAAUAAAUAAUUUUUGUGUAGAAAAAGUAGAGCUAGUGUUACAAUGUAAAGCUGUGUUGUUUGUAUAAAAGUUGAUGUAAUUUUACAGUUCAACAUUAUUUUAUUAGUACAACGUGAUAAUUUGUACCAACAAGAUAUGAAAACUACUUUUAUGCUUCCAUUUAUAGUUUUAUUUAUAUAGUUGGGUUUAUAGUUUUAUAUUAAGUUGUAUUUUUAUUUUUAAAAAUAGUUGCAAAACCAGCUCAGUAACCUGAGUUUGAUUUUGAGAAAAGGCUGUUUUUGUUUAGCAAAUAUACCAUUCUAAUUUUUUUUGUUCUGAUGACAUAUUCUACUUAUGUGGAGGUUUUCAUUUUUUUUAAAAUUCAAAAAAAACCAAAGUAAGUAUCACUAAGUAAACAGGUUUAUAAUUUUAUUAUGUUAAAAGUGUUUCUAGAGAAAAACUUCCAAGCCCAGCUGUAAACCGUGGGGUAAAAAAAUUAAAUAAUUACAUUUAAGACUUUAGUCAAAAGAAUCUUAAACAUCUGUGUGUAGAUGUGACCAGUGGUCAUCCUUAAUUUAUGAUGGAUGACAUUAUUCAUGAGCAACCAGCAAACAUCAACAUGUGUGUUUCCUCAGAUUCCCAAGACAUAAUCAACAGAAUGUCCAAGUACAUCAAUGGUGCCAAUGGUACUCACCAGAUGCCAAUAGCUGAAGCCCUCAUCAUGUGUAAAGGAAGGAGGUAAUGCUGACAAUUUUUUCUGGGAAUAUUUUAUCUUGGUGUAUAGAUCCUUGGGUCUUUGGUUAGUUCCGCUUGAAUUCCAGCUGGGACUGUUACAGCUUAAUAUUUUACAACAUAAAAAAUAAAUUUCAGGAAGUUUUGAAAAGUUGAUAAAAAUUGAAUUCAUUGUUGAAUCUUGCUACUUAUUUUGCUUUGAAAUAUUUUUGUUUGGAAUAAAUGAGAAUGUUUCUCCUUCGUGCUGUCAAGGCCAAGUUUUUUAUUGUGAUACUCCUGUCAUAUCAUCUCCAUAGUGUCAUCACUGGACACUCUAAAUUUACUUAUCUUUAUCUGCCUUUUGUUGUUCCAGCUCCGAUGAAGUGUCCUCGCAAAUGUUCAUCCCCUUUCUCAGUGUAGGUCUAAUAGAUUAUUAUCAUUGUUUUGUUUAUUGAGGGGAAAAAAAACAAACUCUUUAGACGAAAAGGGGUUUUAGAGGGUACAGUUAAAAUUCAAAACAGAUGAUCACACCAAAAAAAAAAAAAAAAGUUAAUUUUAAACUGUUUGUUGAAUUGUUAAUAAUUUUUGUUUAUUGAGGGGAAAAAAAACAAACUCUUUAGACGAAAAGGGGUUUUAGAGGGUACAGUUAAAAUUCAAAACAGAUAAUCACACCAAAAAAAAAAAAAAAAAAGUUAAUUUUAAACUGUUUGUUGCAUUGUUAAUAAUUUUCCAAUGAAUUUAUUUUAUAAGUCUUGCUGCAACUAAUUAACUAUCUGUUUACCACUUUCAGGAGGUGAGGAUUGGAACCUUAGAUACAUUCAGCUCAUCAGGUAAACUAGGUGCUUCCAAUGUCAACACAUCUGUAAUGUAAAUAAACCAUUACGGCUUUUUUCAGUUAUAACAAAAAAAAAUUACAUAAAAUUAAUAUACACAAAUUACAUAAAAUUAUUGUACACAAAUUACAUUAAGUUAAUGUACACAAAUUAUGAUAUUUUUUGUUGGGGGGGGGGGGGAAAGGUGAUAAAAAUGAUUUUGGAAUUUCUCUCAGGUCUCGUGAAUUUGUGAAAUUUUAGUUUUAAAAGUUGUUUUUAUUAACAUGAGCAAUGGUUGAAAUAAUCUGCAAUCAGCUGUGGUCUUGUUGUUUACCUUUAAUCAAGUAAUAUGCUCAGUAGCAUUUUUUUUUUUCUUUUAUCACUGCAGUUGAGUAUGACGAUAACCUUCCUCCCAUUGGACUGUCCAGCUCCCCACCAGCUUCUACUCCAGUGUUGGACAAAGCAAAAGAUGGCCACACACCUCCCAGCUCACCAAACAUUGGUGCUGCUGCAGCUAUGUCACCACCUACAAGGUUAGUGCCGGCACCAUGAUGUGCCCACCUAUUAGGCUAAGAGUGGACAACAUUUUUUUCAUGACUCAGAGUCAUGUGUCCUCUGAGCUUUAAGUUUGCACACACGUCUUGUAAAUUAAAGAAAUACACAAAAUCUACAAGGCCAUAAGACUACCUGUAAGGCUAAGGGUCUUAACUUGGGAGGUGCGGUAUGACCCAGAAGUUUUAUUUCAUGGCAAUACUACUUUUUUUUUUUUUAAAUCAAGGAAGAGAGUGGGGGUGGGUGUUAAUGUUUUGACUUUGAGAUGGGGUUUGGUGCUACAAAGAGGUUAAGAACCCCUGCUCGAUGCACAAAAACUGUUAAUCAAAUUGAAAUGUUCUUUAUUUUGUCAAUUUUCAGCACCUCGGGCACAGCCCUGGCUUCUCUGUCUUCCCCUGCCGAAUUCAUGGACCUGCAGGUUGAUUACUGGGUUGUUGCCCCUCCUAAGUCUGACAAUUUGGAGAAAGACAAAGACAAGGAGAAAGAAAGAAAAGACAAGAAAGACAUGAACAAAUGUUCUCUCAAGACAGCCUUCCGAGCCUUGUACGCCAACCGGCUGCCUCAUUGUGGAGGGAUACAAACGGCAACAUUUUCACUCAUGGUUGUCACCAAGGAGAAAAAACAAAAAAGUAAGUCACUCCAGUGAGACUCACAAUUUGUACGACACAUGUUCCCAAACUUGUUUGAGUCACAAUGAAUGUGCUGCAUCCAGGAUUUCCCAAUGGCGCCCUGUGUCAAAUUUUAACACCUGCACUGCGACAUAGUGACUUUGCUGCAUCCAGGAUUUCCCAAUGGUGCCCUGUGUCAAAUUUUAACACCUGCACUGCGACAUAGUGAAUUUUUAGUGAAUUUUGUUUUUCACUUUGCGGCACCCCUUUGAGGAAGGUUUGGCUCCCCAGGCUGCAUUGGCGCACAGUCUGGAAACCUCUGGUGAAUGGGAUAAGCCGAGUUAAACUAAUGAUCAUCUAUAGUUCUCUAAUGCAAGACAAAGGCUAAAUCAAGUUUCUGUCUAGUACACAAAUAAAUCUGCAGAGCUCAGACAAAUAUCAGAUCCCUGGUAGUAAUAAAUAAUUUUAAAAAAAACAGCUGCAUUCUUCAAUACUAAUCAACUGCUUAAUUAAAGACACAAAACUUUAAGACUCUAAAAGUUGGUGACGCCCUCUUAAAAUCAUGUCAGGUUUGAAACUUUUGGUACCAAACAAUUUUUUGCAAAUGCAGUAUUUAAUAUACCUGUUUCUUGCAUACUUGGAUUUAACUUCAUUUAGAUUUAAUCUUGACCUGAUUUAUUUUAGAUAGAGAAAUUUCUUACCUUGUAUUUCCCCAGUCAUGAGGAUUGGAAAAAAAGGCAAGGACCUGGAGUCAAAGAGUCAAGCCAUUGAGGGAGUCAGUCGAAUGGUGUGUACGUCAAAGAGCCAGAAUGUUAAACUUAGAGGUGAGUGGUGUAUGGACCACACUUGUAGAGCUAGAAUGUUAAACUUAGAGGUGAGCAUUGUACGGACCACACUUCAGAGCCAGAACAAAGAGCUACUAAAUUAAUUCAGAUUUCAAUCCUGAUGUAAUCCAUUAUCUUGGUUUUUUUAAUUUAUCAUGUUUAUUUUUCCCCCCCGAAUUAAAAGCCAUUUCUGAUGUUCACCCAUUCAUCAAAUUGAGAAAUCUCAAAUUACUGCAAUGCAUACAUUUAUUCCAGUGAGACAUUACAAUUGGUAUAGUUGGAUUGUUUGCUGACAUUGAAACCUUAGGCCUACAACCCUCAUCAAAAGUUUUAUCUUGGCUUUUGUUUCUGUCCUUGCAGUACUUGUAGAUGGUGUCGAAUGGAGUGGGGUCAAGUUUUUCCAACUGUCCUCCCAGUGGCAGACCCAUGUGAAAAACUUUCCUGUUGCAGUCUUUUCUUCUUUGGACUUGUAAAUGAAUCAAACAGAAGAUCCAAAAAUGAGAAGGAAACAAAGAUUAUCUUCUCCUGUUGCCAGAACAACCACUUGUGUUCACAGUACCUAGUUGUCACCUAGCAACCCCAAAAUUUCAACAACACCUCUGAUGGGCUAACAACAAGUGCUUCCCAACCUUGUGGAUCCUUCCAAAGACUUUGACUGUGAUACUCUCUGUUGACAGAAGAGUGUCAGCUGACGGGAAGUUGUGCCUCUGUGGAGCUGAGAUGAUCAUUCAGAUUUCUUGAGCCAUCAAGUUUUUUGAGGAAAUGUUCAAGAAUGAAUAAUGGCCAUCUUUGAUUAUGAUCUCUGCAUAAAAGAAAACCAAAACCAAUGUGAAUUCUGUGGAUGCUAAAGGAAGGAAUUUUUUUUGAAAAACAUAACAACAAGAUAAUCUCCUCAGUUCUAUUUUUCAAAAUCUCUAUUGAACAUCAAUCUGUCAGGUAGUAUUUG